UCGGCUUUGGUGGCUAGUACAAAGCAUAGAGGUGAAAAUGAGCAUAUUUCAGCUGGGCACUGGUUGACAGAAAUAGCAAAAGUGGUGUGUUUUGUAACAAAAUGUGCUCCUUGUACACCCACCAGCAGCUCUGUCUCCCAUCAGCUGUUAGUUGGAGGAUGUUGCCUCGGAGGCAUAUAUGAUGUAAUCAAACGAACCAGAGAGACAGAAAGAAAGAGGAGCCAGAGCUACAACAACCCCAUACGAUACGGAUCUCGGCAGCUUUUGGUACUUUUCUGAAAUACAACUGAAAAACCUUCAUCGAGCAGGUUUUGGGUGAAACGGUUCCGUGUUGUUAGGGGGCCAUGUCGCGGAGGUUUGUGCCGACUAGCCUCCCCUCCCGACGAAGAGGAUGCUGGAUGCGGGCCAGCUGUAGGAGCACCUCCAACCGGGGAUGCUGCUGGUGAGCUUGACUCUCCGCCGCCCCAUCAGCCGUAAUUAACCGCCAUGGCUCAGGAGUCCUUUCCGACUGCUGCUCCAACAUCCUCCGCGUGAAAAUGGCCCGCACUCCGCCUCCAUCACCGACAUCAGUCCGCCUUAGCUGUCGCCUUUUCGCCUGUGAGGAGAAGAGGGCGCCUGCUUCAGAUUCCAACACUUGUAGGCCGUGUGUGUCCGCUCUGGAUCAUGUUAUCACUUGUAAAGCGUCUCAUGUGAAAAUCUGAGCUAUUGUGUUUGCUUUUAUUUCGCAAAUACACCUUCUGCCAGCAUCGUUUUCACCUUACAGCAGAUUAUUUCCGGAGCUGGGAGACGGGCCGAGUACACUGCUGCACCUCGCUUUGCACCGCUGGGAUGAGUUUCAUGCUUUCCUGACCUUCCUUGCUAUAAUGGCUCUGUGACAUAUCGCUAAGCUUCAUUUGUCCUGUUUUUGGGACAUUUUCCUGGUUUUACUCCAGCCACCCUGCAGAGCUGUGUCCAUGCAGUAGCGGUGGUAGUUUAUGAGCAGCCCCCAUCCGUCCUGCAGAAGCCUUCCCGCUGCUCCUGCUGUCCACCGCGUGGUCCUGUGACUUCAGAGGGCUGUGGAGGUCCUGACAACCAUAAAACGUGGAUGGUGGGGACGUUUGCCUUUCCAGCUCAGGUUUAAACCAUGGCCAAUGAACCUGUCAUCCUUAACGUGUAUGAUAUGUACUGGAUAAACGAAUACACGUCCAAUCUGGGUAUUGGAGUCUUCCACUCAGGCAUUGAGAUUUAUGGCAGAGAAUUUGCAUACGGGGGUCAUCCGUACCCUUUCAGUGGAAUCUUUGAAAUCAACCCUGGCAAUGCUGCUGAACUGGGAGAGACAUUCAAAUUUAAGGAGGCCAUUGUAUUGGGCACAACAGACUUCACAGAGGAGGACAUGGAUAAAAUCAUGGAGGAGCUUGGUAAAGAGUUCAAAGGCAACGCCUACCAUCUAAUGCACAAAAACUGCAACCACUUCUCCUCCUCACUGUCUGAGUUGCUGUGUGGACGGGAAAUCCCUCGCUGGGUUAACAGACUGGCGUACUUCAGCUCCUGCAUCCCCUUUCUGCAGAGCUGCCUACCCAAAGAGUGGUUAACCCCGGCCGCCCUGCAGAGCCACAUCAGCCUAGGCCUCCACAAAGAGGAGCAGAACGAAUCGAGUGACGAGGACCAUUCGUCCCCGUCUGGAGCAGCAGCCUCCGGCUCUUCCCACUGCUGUCGCCACACGAGGGUGUGAACUGCCCCACAAAAACUGACCUCUGGACCUUCCUGCCACCUCUGCUGGUGGCUCAAGUGGCAUUAGUAGGCUUGAACAACCACCUGACCUCAUAAUGUUUGUCCUCUGAGUAAAGAGGCAGGAGAAGAAGAGUUCCCGCUUCAUGAAAAGAGCUGGUGCCAGAGACUUCAGACCUCCAGAGACCCUGCUAGUCCUUUCUACAGACUACAGGUUGACAAAGGCAGACUUUGACUUGAGCCCCGAGCUCGGAAGGGAGAUUCAGACUCAACAACAACCACUUGUAGAUCUGAAGUUUGUAGUACGUUAUUAUUAGUCCUUUCCAUGAACUUUUAAACCUUUGUCAGCCUUGUUCCCUGCCCUGCCUUCAGAGCUGCUUUUGUAGAAUAACUAGACAGACACCUGGACUACUUAUAGUGACAUUACCAGGAAACUGCUAAUCUGCUCAAAUUCAACUUGUUCAAUAACCUCUAUGUGGCCUUCAGUUGGUAUUGUUGACCGCUUUCU